AUGAACCACACCAUCAACCACACCAUGAACCACACCGUGAACCACACCAUCAACCACACCAUCAACCACACUGUGAACCACACCAUCAACCACACCAUCAACCACACCAUGAACCACACCAUGAACCACACCGUGAACCACACCGUGAUGAACCACACCAUCAACCACACCAUGAACCACACCAUCAACCACACCAUGAACCACACCAUCAACCACACCAUGAACCACACCAUCAACCACACCAUGAACCACACCAUGAAACACACCAUCAACCACACCGUGAAACACACCAUCAACCACACCGUGAAACACACCAUCAACCACACCGUGAACCACAUCAUCAACCACACCAUCAACCACACCGUGAAACACACCAUCAACCACACCGUGAACCACACCAUGAACCACACCAUCAACCACACCGUGAACCACACCAUCAACCACACCAUCAACCACACUGUGAACCACACCAUCAACCACACCAUGAAACACACCAUCAACCACACCAUUAACCACACCGUGAACCAUACCAUCAACCACACCAUGAACCACACCGUGAACCACACCAUGAACCACACCAUGAACCACACCAUCAACCACACCAUGAAACACACCAUGAAACACACCGUCAACCACACCUUGAACCACACCAUCAACCACACCGUGAAACACACCAUCAACCACACCGUGAACCACACCAUCAACCACACCGUGAACCACAACAUCAACCACACCAUCAACCACACCGUGAAACACACCAUCAACCACACCGUGAACCACACCAUGAACCACACCAUCAACCACACCAUGAAACACACCGUGAACCACACCAUCAACCACACCGUGAACCACACCAUGAACCACACCAUCAACCACACCGUGAACCACACCGUGAUGAACCACACCAUCAACCAUACUGUGAACCACACCGUGAACCACACCAUCAACCACACCAUGAAACACACCGUGAACCACACCAUGAACCACACCAUGAACCACACCAUCAACCACACCAUGAAACACACCAUGAAACACACCGUGAACCACACCAUCAACCACACCAUGAAACACACCGUGAAACACACCGUGAACCACACCAUCAACCACACCAUCAACCACACCAUCAACCACACCGUGAACCACACCAUCAACCACACUGUGAACCACACCAUCAACCACACCAUGAAACACACCGUGAACCACACCAUCAACCACACCGUGAACCAUACCAUCAACCACACCAUGAACCACACCGUGAACCACACCAUGAACCACACCAUCAACCACACCAUCAACCACACCAUGAACCACACCGUGAACCCCACCAUCAACCACACCAUCAACCACACUGUGAACCACACCAUCAACCACACCAUGAAACACACCGUGAACCACACCAUCAACCACACCAUGAAACACACCAUGAACCACACCAUGAACCACACCAUCAACCACACCAUGAAACACACCAUGAAACACACCGUGAACCACACCAUCAACCACACCGUGAAACACACCAUCAACCACACCGUGAACCACACCAUCAACCACACCGUGAACCACACCAUCAACCACACCGUGAACCACACCAUCAACCACACCAUGAACCACACCAUCAACCACACCGUGAACCACACCGUGAUGAACCACAUCAUCAACCACACCAUGAACCACACCAUCAACCACACCAUCAACCACACCAUGAACCACACCAUCAACCACACCGUGAAACACACCAUGAACCACACCAUGAACCACACCAUGAACCACACCGUGAACCACACCAUCAACCACACCAUGAACCACACCAUCAACCACACCAUCAACCACACCGUGAACCACACCAUGAACCACACCGUGAACCACAUCAUAAACCACACCGUGAACCACACCAUCAACCACACCGUGAACCACACCAUCAACCACACCAUGAACCACACCAUCAACCACACAGUGAACCACACCAUCAACCACACCAUCAACCACACCGUGAACCACACCGUGAAACACACCAUCAACCACACCAUGAACCACACCAUCAACCACACCGUGAACCACACCAUCAACCACACCGUGAACCACAUAGUGAUGAACCACACCAUCAACCACACCAUCAACCACACCGUGAACCACACCGUGAAACACACCAUGAACCACACCAUCAACCACGCCGUGAACCAUUAG